AUGGCUUUCACGAUCGCAAUGUACUCAAUAUUACUGUUCUUUUCGAUUAUCUGCCAGUCAAUGGCACGAAAUGUGUUGCGCCUGGGUGUCGCGAGCCAAGAUGUGCCUCUCCCACCGAGUCAGGAUCCGUUCUAUACACCCGACAAAGACUGGGAAGUAUUAGAGCCAGGAACCAUACUCAAGAGACGCAGUGUCACGGUCGGCUCGAUUAUCACAUUGCCUAUCCCUCUUCAGAGCGCUCACCAACUUCUCUACCGCACGACAGACGCACAGAACCAGCCUAGCUAUGCGGUAACAACAGUAUUAAUGCCGAUCAAUGCACAGCUUGAUCGUCUCCUUUCCUACCAAGUGGCAUACAACAGCCCCAAUCCCGACUGCUCCCCGUCCUAUACGAUCCAGUUUGGUGCCCCAACAGCGGUCGACGAUCCCGUCCUAGAGCUCUCCAUCUUGGCAGAGCCCUUCUUACUGGCCGGGAUACCUGUCAGCAUACCCGACUACGAGGCAUUGAAAGUUCCUAUGCCGUGGGAACCGAAUAUCACAGGAAUAGAAUCCAAUGCCACGACCACUCUCUUCGGCUACUCCGGCGGCGCUAUAGCGUCAGAAUGGGCGGGCGAACUUCACUCAUCAUAUGCGCCAGAUGUAAAAAUAGCGGGCGCUGCCAUCGGUGGUCUUCCCGUCAACGCGACCCAGGCUUUUUCCACCCUCGACGGUACCAGCAAUUCAGGCCUUCUUGUGGGUGGCCUGAACGGCCUUGCCAAUGCUUUCCCUUCGAUUGCCCAGUACAUCAAAGAACACCUGAAGCCCGAGUUUAAGUCGGACUACGAUCUCCCAAUGAAAAAAUGUGCGGCUAGCGUCUUUAACUCGAGUGAUGGCUACGUGAGCCAACUAGCGGACAAGAAUAUCUCGGCAUUCUUCGACAAUGGUUGGUCUGUUGUGUCUGAAUUUGCAGAAAUACUGGAUAGCGUCUAUGUUAUGGGCCAACACGGAGUCCCGGAAUUCCCAAUGUUCGUGUUCCAAGGGACAGCCGAUACCACAGUAGGUAGUCUUGGAAAUGCGACCGAUCUGGUACAGCAGUAUUGCAGAGAUGGGGCUGUCAUACACUACGCACAAGUGGCUGAGGCGGAACAUAUUCCGGCGCUCUUUCGGGGAUUUCCCAGAGCACUGUCAUUUUUGAUGGAUAUCUAUAAUGGCAUUAUACCAGACAAAUGUACAGAUACAGAGGUACUGCUCAUAUAG